UCAGGAGAGGCUGGGAAGACCCAUUCUGAGUUUGCAUGAUGGUUUCUGCUCUCGUUACGUUUUGGUUAUGACUUGUUAACAACUUUAUACACAGGCAUACAGUUUUUUCUUUCGGAUCUGUGAACGGUUGAAGAACUCCUUGUUGAUUGUUUGACAAACUUAUAGCAAAUUAUAAUGGCUGUUGUUCCUAAAAUAACCGAUCUGCCUGGAAUCGCCCACGGUGAACCCGAUGUUUACGAGACAGAGGGAACGGGGGAGCGGGACAAUCGACAGACCGCGCAAUAUGAUAUGUCUGAGAACGAAAACAUCGAGCGGACUGGCCUGGAUGCAGCGCAGGCAUAUGCGCAGUUUAAAGGAAAAUCGGUUCCUGUUUCCGCCACAGACUUUUCCGAGUCCGUAGCGAGGAGUCGCAAACAUGGUUAUACGGCGGAAAAAGGAUUGGAUUUGUACGAAGCGAAUGGUGAAGGAAUGCUGGAUGAAACACUGCAAGAGAGAUUCGAGCGCAUCCAACGCGACGUGAAGGCACUGGAGACGGAUUACGAGAUCCUCAGUGCCCAGCAGAAACGCGACGAUUCCUUCCUGCCCUCGGCUGAUGCGGAUUUCGCCGGCCAGAUUGCCCAGUUGAAAGUUAUGAUGGCCACGCUGGCGGAAAAGCAAGUCCGUACCCCCUCCAAAGCCACGCGCGGUAAAGGGGCAUCGAAUCCCAGCGAUCUCGACAGCAAGAAGAGUGGAGCAGAUAACCGAAGCGCGGAGGAUAUGCCGGCUUCGGCUCUGGAGAAUCGCAUAAAAAAGCUGGAACAAGCGUUCGGUACGGAGCGAGAGUUGAAUGUCCUUGCAACCGAUUCAUCCAACAGCCUCAUGGCAACGGUGACUAUGCUGAAAAACCAGAUGAGUCUUUUGGACAAGGACAAUUUGGACCAGAUUGAAAGCCGUAUGCAGCAGUUCCUUCCUAGGCUAAACCAGGCGAUUGAUAAACUCAAUCCGACUCACACUUCCGACGAAGAGUUAGAUAAAAAGAUAAACGAAGCGUACGCGAUGUUGAAAGGAUGGAGCGGCACAAUUGAUAGAGUGCAAGCUGUCGUCGAUAGACUGGUGGCUCUGAAGGCUGUUCACGAACAAGCUUCCACCUAUGUGCAGAUCCAUGAUCAGGUUGAUAAAAUGCAGAAACAGCUCUUCACAAAGAUGGCAGAUCUCGAAAAAUCCAAUGAAGCGGCUAAAGAGUCAUUUUCUCAAAUCAUUGGAACAAUAACGCGUGAUAUUGAGCAGCUGGAAUCUCGACUGAAGAAGUGAUUGGGUGCUUGAUUUUUUAGAAAAUGUGCACGGUGUGCAGCCUGUUUCCUUUUGGCUGUAAAUUUGUUGUUGUGGUUGACUUUUUUAUCCAUUUUAUCUGCUUUUAUGCCAGUUAUUUUGUAAUGCUUGAGUGAUUGAAUCAUAUGAUGGAGUAAAUAAAUCAGUGUUCAUUAAAAUCUAUGACAAUUGGCCUAA